AUGCACGUGAGCCAAAAGUCAACAAGAUAUGCCGAGCAUAUUCUGGCGCCCUUAAGCAACGACACGUUUCAGAAACACGCGAAGAUGCUUGCCGCCAAACUCCAUCCCAUUCAUGUUCCCUGCGGCGGCCGAGGCGUCCUCUGCCUCCUCAAACUGCACAUCGGCGGUGCACUCCUCCUCCUUGGCAGCUCCCGCAACAACAGUCCGAGCUUCGAAGGACGUGACAUCACCAAAGGAAGAGCAAAUACGCAGGAGAGACUGCUCGUCAAAUCCAGGGGGGAGGCAACGAAUGCAAAUCUGACUCGACAUCAACCAACACCAGAAAAAGGACGGGUGGGUGCACUUCAACGCCUAACUCCAAAUACUUGA